AUGUACUUGCCACUUGAGAUUGCAUUAAACACCGUCAAAUUUCUGUUCACUAUCAUUCUUGGGUGCGAUCUUAAGCCAGUAUUCGAUGAACCUUACCUAGCCACCUCUCUUCAAGACUUCUGGGGUCCCCGGUGGAAUCCAAUGGUGUCUUCCCUUCUCCGGUCAGCUUUCUACUUUCCUCUGAAGGGUAAAUCAAACUCCGGUUUGGCUAUGUUUAUCGGGGGUUUGCGACUUUCCUUGCCUCUGGUCUGUUUCACGAACUUCAAUCUCCUCUACACAAGCUAUGAAACGCCUUCCUGGGAGAUCACUUUGUUUUAUGUGCUGCAUGGGGUUUGCACUGCGGCAGAAAUGGUGGUGAAAAGAAAAGCCACUCUGGUUAGUUCAACAAAGCCAUUCAAAGCCUUUAUCAGCCCAUAA